GUAACUUUAACUGUCACAGUUGGCACCAUCGUCGCAAAUGUGCGUGAAGUGUCAAAACCACGUCAAAAAAUUGCAUCACCCCGACAGCCCCCAUAAUGUCAGACCUCAGUGAAAAAAUCCUCCGACACGUGUCGGAGACUUCGCCCCUCAACACCCUCGACCUCGCCCAGCUCCUUGCCACCGACCACCAGAAAAUCGUGGGGGCUCUCAAGAGCAUCCAAGCCCACGGCGACCUCAUCAGGGCGGAGCCCCAAACCUCCAAAUUCAUCGAACUGACCGAGGAGGGCAAACAAGUGGCGGAGCACGGCAGUCACGAAGCCCGCAUUUUCCACGCUGUGCCCUCCGAGGGCGUAGCCCAAGCCGAGCUUAUGAGACUCCCCAACGCCAAGGUCGGCUUCAGCAAGGCCAUGAGCGCUGGCUGGCUGACCUUGGACAAAGGGGGCCCCCCUGUCGUCAAGCGAAAAGUCGACAAAAUCGUGGACACAGUCCAGGCAAAUUUACGCCUGAUUCAAGGGGGGCACUUGGGGCAAAUCGAAGACAGCGUGAGACAGGAGUACAAGAAGCGAAAAUUGAUACAAGAGGUGGUCCAGAAGUCUUUUAAUUUGACUAAGGGGGGCGACUUUAGCCUGACCUUGGCCAAGUUGGAGACCGAUUUAACGUCCGAAAUGUUGCUAACAGGGGGCUGGCAACAACUGAAAUUCAAAGACUAUAAUUUUGACGCCCUGGGGGCCCCUUUGGACUGCGGCUACUUGCACCCCCUGCUCAAGGUCAGGGCCGAAUUCAGGCAAAUUUUCCUCGAAAUGGGGUUCAGCGAAAUGCCCACGAACAAUUAUGUUGAGAGUUCUUUCUGGAAUUUUGACGCACUUUUCCAGCCCCAACAACACCCAGCAAGGGACGCCCAUGACACGUUUUUUGUCUCAGAUCCGAAAAUUUCAACGAAUUUUCCAGAAGAUUACAAAGAACGGGUCAAGGAGGUGCACAGUAGGGGCGGCUAUGGAUCUUUAGGUUACCGCUACGAUUGGAAAAUCGAAGAGGCGCAAAAAAACCUCCUCCGCACCCACACUACAGCCAACAGCGCCCGCAUGUUAUACAAACUAGCACAGGAAAAAAAUUUCAAACCGACUAAACUCUUCAGUAUUGAUAAAGUUUUCCGCAAUGAAACACUCGAUGCCACACAUUUGGCGGAAUUUAACCAAGUUGAGGGCGUCAUAGCCGACUAUGACGUCACGCUUGGUGACUUAAUCGGUGUUUUUGCCGAAUUUUUCAAAAAACUGGGGAUCACAGAGUUGGAGUUUAAACCAGCUUAUAACCCCUACACUGAGCCCAGUAUGGAAAUUUUCUGUUUCCAUAAUGGUUUAGGAAAGUGGAUCGAGAUCGGUAAUUCGGGGAUGUUCCGACCCGAAAUGUUGCUCACAAUGGGGCUGCCGGAAAAUGUGAGGGUGAUUGCCUGGGGGCUGUCUUUGGAACGGCCCACUAUGAUCAAAUAUGGGUUGAAUAAUAUUAGGGAUUUAGUUGGGCCAAAGGUUGAUUUGGAGAUGGUCCAGAGGAGUCCGAUUUGUAGGUUAGAUAAAUAAGAUAAUUUGUAUUUUUUGUUUUUAUAAUAAAUUAUUUAAGCAACAAAUAAAA